ACAGACAGUGAGAGCCGACUGACAGACAGUGAGAGACAACUGACAGACAGUGAGAGCCGACCGACAGACAGUGAGAGCCGACUGACAGACAGUGAGAGCCGACUGACAGACAGUGAAAGCCGACUGACAGACAGUGAGAGCCGACUGACAGACAGUGAGAGCCGACUGACAGACAGUGAGCGCCGACUGACAGACAGUGAGAGACAGUGAGGACGACUGACAGACAGUGAGAGCCGACUGACAGACAGUGAGAGCCGACUGACAGACAGUGAGAGACAACUGACAGCCAGUGAGAGGCAGGUGGAGGAACUGAGCAAAAUGAACGAAGCACAAGCAGUGAAACUAAACUCCAUGGAGACUCGUUCUAACAUCACUGAGAGACACGUUGAAGUUCUGAAGAGAAACAGUCAAGCACAAGCAGUGAAACUAAACUCCAUGGAGACUCGUUCUAACAUCACUGAGAGCCACGUUGAAGUUCUGAAGAGAAACAGUCAAGACAGGAAGGUGGCUUCCUCAGCCUCACUAGCAGCACCUGGUCAAGGAGGAAACACUGGACCCUUCAACACUGGAACCACCCUGGUCUACAGAAAUAUCUACUCAAACAUUGGCAAUGCUUAUAACCCCACUACAGGGAUCUUCACAGCACCAGUGAGAGGACUCUACCUCUUCAGAUUUUACAUCUUUGGAGAGGGUGACAGUUCAGUUUAUACAACUGCAAUCUUGUGUAUGAAUGGACAUCAGAUAGCUAUUGCACAUGCUUACCAAGCUGGUGGUGCUAUUAACUCCUCUAAUGGAGUGUCACUGCUGCUGGACGUAGGAGAUGUGGUCUACAUGCAUCUCUGGGCUGGGAGAAAGAUAUAUGAUGAUGAAUAUCGUCACAGCACCUUCAGUGGUCACCUGCUCUUCACUAUGUAGGAGGGUUAUUGAAGGACUGUAUCAGUGAUCUGUACAGGAAAAUAUUCAGACAUUUGAACAACAUUGUCUUAGCAUUGAAAGUUCUCCAUUUGCUCUCUAAUAGUUCAAACUAAGGCAGUUCUCAAGGAGAAAAGUAGGUGAAAUUUACAAGAUUUGAAAAUACAUAUAGUAUCCAAGUUUUUAAAAUAGAAAAAUAAUUGUUUUAAAUAUACUCAAAAUUAAAAUAUUAAUGUCAUGUAAAUAUUAUACUGUCCACUAAGACUUUUUUAAUUCAUGUACUUAGAUGUUGACCCCCACCAGUACAUUUAACACUAGUCAACAUUGUGUUGAAUAUUAUUUAAUAAAGUGUUUAUCAAAAGAAUGACUAGU